UUUUGUUUUGUUUCGAUAGGUUUGGUUCAGUUUCUCCGAUUCAAGCUAGGUUUUGACACCCUAUGUAAAGCCAUGGAAUCUCCCACUUAGGCAGGUCGGAUACUAAGAAUUUCCACUCCGAAAAAACAAGAAAGGUAGAGAUCGAUAAGAGGUCAAAGACAAUGGCGGAUGUUACUGAUAUCACUUCAGAUGAUGAUAUUAGUACUGUAAGAGAAGACAAGAAGGCCAGGGCAGAAGUUGCAGGUCGUGUUGGACAAAUAAGGGAAUCCAUGAAGACAGAAAUUCUUCACUUGACUUCCUUGCCAUCCCAUUGCAGCAUAUACCGAGUUCCCAAGUCACUGCUCAAAACAAAACCAGAAGCCUACGGACCUCGCAUGGUCUCCAUCGGUCCUUUUCACCGCCACAAGAAGCACCUAAAGCCCAUGGAAGCACAUAAGUUGAGAUAUUUUAAUGAUUUUAUCCACCGCUGUGAAUCUCAAGCAACCUUGGAUAAAUUUGUUGAAGCUAUCAUAAGAUUGGAAGUCAGAGCUCAGCAAUGUUACUCAGAAAUCAUCCAACUCAAAUUCAAAGACGAAUUCGUGAAAAUGAUGCUAAUUGAUGGCUGCUUCAUACUUGAACUCAUCCUUAGGACUACAUAUGGGCAUCAUAGAAAGAGUGAAGCAACAUGGAUGUCUCACGUUAUAAAGUGUGACCUGAUUCUACUAGAAAAUCAAAUUCCCUUCUUUGUUCUUGAGAGUCUCUACCAAGUAUUCAGAAGGGAUUCGAAGUUUAACUAUGAAACACUUGAUAAACUCAUCUCCAAUUUCUUCAAAUAUUUUCUGCCAGAACGCAAAAGCAUUACUCCCAGACGUAGUACCAUUUCUGAAUUACUAAAGAAGUUCUCCAGAGAAGUAGCAAGGAAGUUGUCAGCUAAGAGAGACAGAGAAGGGUUACUUCAACCGUUACUCAUGACGGACGAAGACUCAGUCGUCGGGGCAGUGGAAGAAGAACCUGAACGGUCACUCGGGCGUUAUGCAACAACUCUAGCAGUGGCAGGAGCGGCAGUAGAAUAUGCAACAACUCUAGCAGUGGAAGAAGAACCUGAACUGUCACUGGUUGGGGAGGCAGUAGAAUAUCCAAAAACUCUAGCAGUGGAAGAAGAACCUGAACUGUCACUCUGGCGUUCAAGCAAGGUUGGGGCGGCAGUAGAAUAUCCAAAAACUCUAGCAGUGGAAGAAGAACCUGAACUGUCACUCUGGCGUUCACGCAAGCUUGGGGCGGCAGUGGAAGAAGAACCUGAACUGUCAUUCACGGAUUCAUUCAGUGGUGUGGCAGUAGGAGCGGCAGUAGAAUAUGCAACAACUCUAGCAGUGGAAGAAGAACCUGAAGUGUCACUGAUCAAGGUUGAGCAUUUGCUUGAUUUUAUACGAGAUUUACUCCUCCAAUCAUCCCCAAAGAAGUCAAAAAAUCCUGGGAAAUAUGUGUACACCCAUUGUGCAACAGAGCUCAAAGAGGCCGGUGUCAAGUUCAAGAAGCAGGAAGCGGAGAAUACAAGUCUGUUGGACAUAACAUUCAAAAAUGGAGUGUUGAAAAUUCCAACCAUUAAUAUUGAGGAUGGGACUGAAUCUCUACUUCGAAACCUAAUCGCCUUUGAGCAGUAUCGUGGUUGUGAUAAUCACAUCACAGAUUAUGCCUUCUUCAUGGAUGGCCUCAUCAACUCUCACAAGGAUGUGGAGUUGCUUGAGAAAAACGGAAUUAUUGAGAGCUUGCUUGGCGAACCAGAAGAGGUGGCUAAAUUAUUUAAUGGUCUUCUCAAAGAGGUUGUACUGAAGGGAGAAAGUUAUUCCUUCUCCGGUGAUUGCGAAGAAUUGGAGAAGUACUACAAGAUCCCAUGGCACAAUUGGACGGCAACUUUUAUGCUCAACUAUUGUAGCUCUCCAUGGUCAUGCAUUUCAAUCUUUGCUGCAUCACUUCUCCUCAUCUUGACGGUGGCACAGACCAUUUGUUCCAUCCUAAGUCUCACUUGAACUCAUCAAUCUCUUCGUAUCUGUGAUCCUGAUGAUCGACGUAUCGGUCAUUUAGAUGUCUAAGUUAAGUUUUUUUUUUGUUUUCUCUGAAAUGUGUAAGAUUCCUAUAAUUAGUACCAUAUAUACUACUACGUGCAUCCCGGUUAGUGUACGUGUUUCUUGUUGUAGGACUUUA